GGAAGUUGUGUGGUCCGAGCACCAUCACAAUCCGAGCGAUCACCUGCCUUCGUCUUCAGUCGAUUUUUUUUAUCACUCUCGAUAUCUUCGAUAUUCUUCUUUUUCGUCGCAAUGAAUUCAAACAACAUGACUGGUAUGGGCAACAUGACCAGUACAGGCAACACGACCGGCAUGGGUGGAAUGGGCUCCGGCACAAACAUGUCGUCUAUGAUGAUGGCGAUGAUGGUGCCAUAUCUGCACUUUGGCUCUGGAGAUAAUCUGAUUUUCGAGGCGAUUAAACCGUCGACUGGGGGUGCCGUUGCUGGCGCUGGCAUAGUCCUCAUAGUAUUCGCCAUUUUGGAGCGUCUGGUUGCUGCUUCUAGACGCGCUCAAGAGGUUUACUGGAUGCGCAAGGCAUCGGCUUUGAAGUCGUUAGCUGCUUCUCAGGCCGGAAUAGCUGGUCUAGCAGAGAAGCGCUUUGACUCUCCUGUUGAAGGUUGCGACGAUAGGGAGCUUAGGAUCGUUGCACCGUUCAAUCUGAAGCACGAUGUCAUUCGUGGAUUGUAUCACGCUUUGCAGGCGUUGAUGCUGUAUGCCCUGAUGUUGGCUGUCAUGACGUUCCAGGCUGCCUACAUCAUAUGCAUCGUCGCUGGUCUGGGAAUUGGCGAGAUGUUGUUUGGGCGGGUUGGAAGAGGAGUUAGGACUCAUGCAUCUCUCGGGGUUCUCUGUUGAGCAGGCAACUUGUGUUAUGCAAACCGCGAAUGUAAUUACGUUGUACUAAUAUUGGAAGCGUGUAUGAUGAAAGAGACCUCCCCUCAUUUUAGUAGCCGCGUCAA